GAGCGGCGGGCAGGGAGAGCAGCGCGGCCGCCGCCUUGGCUCUGGGCCCAGCCCGGUCCCCCCCGCUCGGCAGCCGGCCGGUCCCCCUGAGGGGCCCGGGCCGGAGGCGAGGCCAGGCCAGGCGCGCCGCGGGGGCUUCGGACCGGGCCGGACCGGCAGGAGCGCCGACGCCGAGCCGCCCCCGCCGGCAGGUUGUUCAGCAAUAGUUAUGAACUCGCGGCUGCGAGCACUAGGGGGAAGAAUAAAUAAUAGUCGAGUGUCAGAACUACCAAAGGAACGAACACGAUCUGAGAUCAUCUGCAAUGUUCACUUUUUGGAUAGCUCAGUGCAAAACUUCAAAGUUAACAAACAAGACAUUGGUCAGGUCUUGUUGGAUUUGAUCUAUGAUCACUUAGGUGUGACGGAGAAGGAAUAUUUUGGUUUACAGCACUUUGAAGAGUCAGCAGAUUCACCAAGAUGGCUUGAAUCCAGCAAACCUGUUCGAAAACAGCUAAAAGGAGGUUUCCCCUGCAGCCUACAUUUUCGAGUAAGGUUUUUUAUACCUGAUCCUAACACACUGCAACAGGAACUAACCAGACAUUUAUUCUUCUUGCAAUUGAAGGCUGACAUUUUGGAAGGAAGGUUGUUGUGCCCUGUAAAUUCAGCUGUGGUCCUGGCAUCAUAUGCAGUUCAGUCUCAGCUUGGAGACUACAAUUCUUUCCUGCAUCUCCCAGGAUAUCUCUCUGACUAUUGCUUUGUACCAGAGCAAAAUAAAGAUUUUCUAACCAAAGUAGAAUCAUUACAUGAACAACACAGUGGCCUCAAAAAAUCAGAAGCAGAGUCCUGCUACAUCAACAUAGCAAGAACGCUUGAAUUCUAUGGAGUAGAAUUACACAGUGGUAGAGAUCUGCAUAAUCUGGACCUGAUGAUUGGAAUCGCUUCAGGAGGUAUUGCUGUAUAUAGAAAAUUUAUUUGCACAAGCUUCUAUCCAUGGGUGAACAUAGUAAAAAUUUCUUUCAAACGAAAGAAAUUCUUUAUUCAGCUGCGGCAAAAACAUAGUGAAUCCAGGGAACACAUAAUUGCCUUCAAUAUGUUGAGUUACCGAGCGUGCAAGAACCUAUGGAAAUCUUGUGUAGAACUUCACACAUUUUUCCAGGCCAAGAAGAUGCUACCUCAUGAAAAGAAGCUACUCUCUCAUUAUUGGAUGAUUGGUUCUCGAACCCCAACAAAAUCUUCUAAUAAUCAGUGCUGCAGAAAGGUAAUAGGGGGCAUGAUCUGGAAUCCAGCAAUGAGGAGGUCUUUGUCUGUUGAACACUUAGAGACCAAAAGUCUUCCUUCUCGGUCUCCUCCAGUGACUCCAAACUGGCGAAGUCCUAGACUACGUCAUGAAAUUCGUAAACCACGACACUCAUCUGUAGACAACCUUGCAAAUGAGAUUUCUUAUAUAACAGAAACUGAAGACGUUUUUUACACCUAUAAAGUUUCCCCGACUUCUAAAGACAGUGAUUCAGAGCUGUCCCAGAGCCGCAACCCGAGCAGAUCGUCAGAACAAGAAUCACCAACAAACAUUAUGGAAGAUAAUUCAACACAGACCUCUUUACCCCGGACUCUCAAUGGAACUGGGAACUUUUCAGGCUCUUGUCAUUUGGAAGGAACAGAUAAGCAAUCUUCAGAAACAAAUGAAAAUGUUACGAAAGGAAUUUCAGUGGAGGAGUCCAAUCAGUACUACUGUGAUAAGAAUGACAUUAUUGAUGGAGACUUGCUUUUGAUACGCAUCUUGCCAGAUGAAGAUGGGAAAUUUGGAUUUAAUUUGAAGGGUGGCAUUGAUCAGAAGAUGCCUCUCGUUGUGUCCAGAAUAAUUCCAGGGUCCCCUUCUGAUAAAUGCAUUCCAAAACUGAAUGAAGGAGAUCAAAUAGUAUUAAUCAAUGGCCGGGACAUCUCUGAGCAUACCCAUGACCAAGUGGUGAGGUUUAUAAAAGCCAGCCGAGAGUUGCAUACCAGAGAGCUUGUGCUUCUGAUUAGGCGGAAAGUUGUCAGAUCGUGCUCUGAUAGCAGGUCAGAGGAAGAAGCUUUUCCAGAGCCCAGUCUUCCUGCCUGUUCAGAAUAUGGCGAGACCCUUGAGGAGUCAAUGGAGCAACUGAAAAAAGGGCUAGAAAGUGGGACUGUCUUAAUUCAGUUUGAGCAACUUUAUAGGAAGAAGCCAGGAUUAGCUGUUACAUAUGCAAAGCUACCUCAAAACAUGGACAAAAAUCGGUACAAGGAUGUUUUACCUUAUGAUAUCACCCGAGUAAUAUUAAAAGGAAAUGAAGAUUAUAUAAAUGCAAAUUAUGUGAAUAUGGAAAUUCCCCUUGAUGGCCUUGUGAACAAAUACAUUGCCACACAAGGUCCUCUUCCACACACCUGUGCACAUUUCUGGCAGGCAGUUUGGGAUCAUAGGUUAUCGCUGAUUAUCAUGUUAACAACCCUCACAGAACGAGGACGGACCAAAUGCCAUCAUUAUUGGCCUGAUCCUCCAGAUAUCAUGGAGUAUGGCAACUUCCGUGUGAAGUGUCGGUCUGAAGAUUGCACCAUUGCCUACGUGUUUAGAGAAAUGGUUAUUACAAAGAUCGAAACUGAAGAAGAACACACAGUCACUCAUCUCCAGUAUGUGGCUUGGCCUGAUCAUGGUGUACCUGAUGAUUCUACAGACUUUUUGGAAUUUGUGACCUACAUGAGACCAAAGAGAGUGGAAAAUGAGCCAGUUCUUGUUCAUUGCAGUGCUGGAAUAGGCCGGACUGGAGUACUGGUUGCUAUGGAAACAGCGAUGUGCUUAAUUGAAAGACACCAACCUGUUUAUCCACUGGAUAUUGUACGAAAAAUGCGAGAACAUCGUGCUAUGAUGGUGCAGACGUCGAGUCAGUACAAAUUUAUCUGUGAAGCUAUUCUUCAUGUUUAUAAAGAAGGACUCGUUCGCCCGCUGGAUUCCAGUUAGCAUCAUGAAGAAACGGAGUACGUCUUCCAAACAAUACAUGGAUCAAACCCAAGGGGUUUAUGAUUUCUUAGUCAUAGCGGAGUUCGCCAAGGCUCUUGAAAACAAAUAAGCACGUUUGUAGUCUGGCACUUUAAAAUUCUGUAGAAAAUUACUGGACCUUGUUAUGUAUAUCAGAAAACAGGUAGGUUGGCGGAGGCAUUUGUUGUGGAACAUUCACACACAGCAACCAGGGAAAUCUUCUGUAGCCUCUCUCUGCACUUUCUAUUGCCUUAAGACGUUUUUCGGUAGAAGUUACUGUAAUUCCAGCGCUUAUUAUUCUAAACUGGAAGCAAAAAACCAGCAAUACCAGUGGAAACGCAACCCAGUGACAUGAAGGGCCAAGGUGCCUUCCUCACCUAGACAGCUGACUGCGCCACAGCUCACACAAUUACAUGGGAUCCUUCGGUAACAAGGUAACAAUGGAAAUACUGUUCAACUUGCGGAGAUUUUUCCUGAAACAGAAAGCCUAGGGCUUUCACAUAAGGGCUGGAGCUAUGAUACUGUCAGUCUGCACCACUACUACAUUGUAGAUGGCAUGAUACUCAGAGUAGUACAGUCAGGCACCUUUCUGAGAGAGAGAGCACAGUCUUCAUCUUCCAUGGUGUUUUUUAAGUGCUCUCUCUUUCUACCUUUCUCUUUGUACUUCUCGUUCAUUCGUCUGGAUGUUUGAUAAUGUUGAGUAUGGACUGAUAACAUUUUAUAAAUUGAAUUGGUCUGAAUGGUUCUUCUGUAUGUUUCAGAGUCCAAUUGUGAACCUUCUGAUGUAGAUAUCAAAUAAUUAUUGCGCAAGGCUGCUGAAGUGUCUUUCCUAUUAGUGUAAACUUGUGUUAAUCCUGUGCUGGAGAACUAUAGUAAUGAAAAUACUGUUGCUGCUAAAAAUGUUCUGGUACUCAGAUGAUAAAACACGGAGUCCCUUGUCCUUAGUAGAAGAACAUACCCUACUCCAGUUGUAAGCCAGCUCAUCCCUUGCUUUUGUGGCACAGCUGCUGGCACAAAGCUACGUUCCUGGGCCUGCAUCCAAGAUAAUGCUGGGGAAAUACGGAUACUUUUAACAGGGAUGUACUGGAUCUCCUGGGUACUGAAGACUAGCAUUCCCUGCCCCUCGGUAGUCCCUUGGCGUACACGUCAAUACAUAUAAGCAGGGCUUUUUUUCCGGGGAAAGAGGUGGUGGAACUCGGUGGGUUGCCCUCGGAGAAAAUG